AUGGCCAAGCAUUCAAAAAACCAAGGACAAACUGCUAGCAAGCCAAAGCAGAGGACCAAGAAGAGUGAAGAAACGUCUCAUGAACCCACUGCGCAGCCGAGCAGCAGCGAUGACCAGAGACACGAGUUCAAUACUAUCGCGCAUUCAGAAGCAAGAACAACACCUCAAGAGCAGAUCGGUGAAGGGGUUCAAGACUUUGACGCUGAUUUCAUGAUGGUUGAAGACAGAAGCACCGAGAUUGAUCUUGCCCCCACGCCUCAGGAAUGGGGUUUUGAUGAGGCCAAUCUUCUUCUCGAAACACCGGAGCAAGUACUUCAGGGACCAGUCAACGUUCCUUUAUCUGCGAGUGACUUUGAUAACGAUCGUAACCUAUUCCAUCACAUAGGUGUUCAUUUCCCGAUUCCCACUCACUUCGAAACCCAAUUCACCGGGUACACUUUACCACAAUGGUCAUGGGAACUUCCUGUCACGACAGUUCAUAGGCAUCUUACUACCACCAAUCUCGAUACCCUUCCGGCGACGACUCAAUAUCAACUGGAGAGAUGGGUGUAUGAGAACGAUCAUGAUGAGGUAACACGACUGGUUGUGCGAGAAUCGCGAAGUGAUGAUAAAGUCAACCAAUCGGAGGAGCAUCGCCGGAAGCCUUUGAAUACCAAUGACGUGCUACGCCAGUCCAAACCUCUCGAUCUCGAAUGUUUUCUUCGAUGGCCAUAA